AUGUCUGUACCUCGCUAUCUACCCCAUCUUAUCUACUCUACAGCACUAACCUCCGUGUCUAUACAUUUGCUAUGGCAUCGAAAACAACAGGAAGAGGAUAAUGCCCGUAUAUCAGCCCAAGUCUCCAUCCUAGAAUCUCUUGUCAGCCAACUACAGUCGGGGAGACCGGUCAAGGACGAAGAGAUUGACAGACUACGAAAACUUGCUCAAGUCCAUGACGACGAGCGGACUGGGGUGAAUCCCGCGGCUGCUGGCAGUAUAGGCUGGAAAGAUGUGAUAUGGGGACGGAAAAGUUCGCCUAGUCAGAAGAGCAGCGACGACGAGUGGGAGCGGAAGGAUUUGGAAAAAAUUCGACAAGAGAUCGAGGCUGAAAUCUGA